GUCAGCUGUCAAAACUUUCAACUCAACUGUCAGUUUCAGCCCUUUUCAAUUUGACAGUCAGAAAAACGUUUUGGCGGAUUUUUAUUGCUAAAAGGUUUUACACAUUUUAUGGAAUUAUUUUUAGUUAGUUAUCGCUGCUAUAGGCACACGCAAUUCUAAUUGAAAACUACGCUACGUUAGCGGCUCGUCUCCCAGUACUGUACCCACGUCCAAACUAGUUUAAUGGCAUCAAAACGAGGUGCUUCAAGUGAUUUGAACCACGACAACUGGAACCAGGAGGAUGAACCCGAAGAGUCGGGAACGUUCAAAAGGGCUUCAGAUGAAUCUUUGAAAGGGAGGGUCAUAAAAGCUGCUCGGAGACGAAAUCCCAUUUCAUCCAUAACGGGUGCUGAUGGAGGCGAGAAGAAAAGUGCCUUUACAGGAUUUAGUGGUUUCGGCAAAGACACCCCUACUUCUUCAGCAUUUUCAUUUUUAUCGAAUUUAGGAAGUUCCAAUACGCCUCCGAAAGUGAACGGAACUGAAGAGAAAUCAAAAUCAGACAUAGCAUCAUUUAAAUUUAGUAGUAACAUUGUUCAUAAUGAUUCCAAAGUCGGCCGUUCUCAAUUGGAUAACGCGAAUUCCAAUACAAAUAAUUCAAUUAAAUCGAGCGAUUACUACUCGAAGUUAAAAGGACUGAAUCAGAGCGUUUCAAAUUGGAUAAAGAAGCACGUGGACGCGAAUCCAUUGAUAAGUUUACAGCCGAUUUUCAAGGAUUACGAGAAAUAUUUCAACGAAUUAGAGAAUGAAAAGGAUUCCAAACAGGAUGCAGCGAAAUCGGAUAGUAACAAUGUUUCUUCGAUGAGCAUGUUUGUAUUCAAACCGACCUCUAGCAUCCCCGAUAGCACCACCGAGAAAACCCAGCCAGAGAACAAAAAACCUUCAGAAGUUCCCCCUAAAAACUCAGAAUCGACCCCUCCUAAAUUUUCAUUCGGGCCUUCUGCUACGUCUGCUUCAGCUACUCCUUCUUUUAGCUUCGGAACUUCCAGUACUAAUUCAUCUGGACUAUUUUCCUUUGGAAAACCAACAAAUAAUAGUACAUCGGCAACAGUAACGACUCCAUCGUUUUCGUUCGAAGUCAAAUCUAACCCUACUACUACGUUCAGCAAUCCAGCUCCUUUUACUUUCGGUAAUGCAGCCACGAAACCAGCGAAUGAUGAAGAAAAUAAAGAAGCCGAUGACGAUGAGGAGCCUCCGAAGAACGAUUUCACGCCGGUAAUCGAAGAGGACCACAUUUACAUGAUAAGGUGCAAAGUUUUCGUGAAGAAAGACAACCAAUUCGGCGACAGAGGUGUAGGGAAUUUGUUUUUGAAGCCGAUUAAAGAUAGCGAAAAGGUCCAGCUAAUUGUUAGAGCCGAUACUAAACUAGGAAACAUAGUAUUAAAUCUGAUUCUCUCGGAGAGCAUACCGACGAAAAGAUUGGGUAACAAAGAUGUCAUGUUGGUGUGCGUACCGACGCCUAGCACGGCCCCUCCGCCAGUUCCUGUUUUGUUGAGAGUGAAGAGCUCCGAACAAGCCGAUGAGCUACUGCAAACUCUCGAAAAGCACAAAAAAUAGUUGUUAUAUAUUUUAACUUUUUAUGUUUGUCUUUAUUAAGGUCAAUAUAGAAGGAAUAUUGUUUUUUA